GCCAACACAGAGCGGGACAGAGACAGCCUCCAUGAGGGACCGUCUCCUGCAAGAAUAACACAGCCUGACACACACGGAGGAAGCGGGAGGACUCUGCACAGGUCUGGAGCUUUGCAUGCGGUGAUAUUUCAUCCUGAAAUGUAGCCAGCAGCGUCAGUGCGGGUUGUUGUAAUCGCUCGGUCGCUGCAUGGCUCUGCCCGGGGAUGCCAUGAAAAUCAGAAGAGCCGACUGAGAGCGCUGCUCCUCGCUAUCACACACACGGCGGCGGCGGCGGAGGAGGAGGAGGAGGAGGAGGAGGAGGUGGUGAGCGAUGGAUACUGGUGGAAAGAUCCACAUUAGGUAGCGUCCACGAAGAUCCGAGGGGAGCUGAACGUCUCUGCUGCACAGUCAAGUCGCCGCCGGAGCUGUCUGAAGGAUGGAUUUCACCCUGCUCCGGAACAUCAUCAGCAGAUACUGUGUGGGGGAGGAGAUCUGGGUGGACAGUCGGACGGUGUACAUCGGGCAUAAAGAACCUCCUCCGGGAGCUGAGGCCUACAUCCCUCAGCGUUACCCCGACAACCGCAUCGUCUCCUCCAAGUACACCUUCUGGAACUUCAUACCCAAGAAUUUGUUUGAGCAGUUCAGAAGAAUCGCUAACUUCUACUUCUUGGUUAUUUUUCUGGUCCAGCUUAUCAUCGACACCCCCACCAGCCCAGUCACCAGCGGCCUGCCCCUCUUCUUUGUUAUCACUGUCACCGCAAUAAAACAGGGCUAUGAGGACUGGCUCCGACACAAGGCUGACUGCUCUAUAAACGAGUGUCCGGUGGACGUGGUGCAGCAGGGGAAGGUGGUGAGGACACAGAGUCACAAGCUACGGGUGGGGGACAUUGUCGUGGUAAAGGAGGACGAGACUUUCCCCUGUGACCUCAUCCUGCUCUCCUCCAGCCGCGAUGAUGGGACGUGUUAUGUCACCACCACCAGCCUGGACGGGGAGUCCAGCCACAAGACCUAUUAUGCUGUACAAGAUACCAUGGCCUUUAGAACAGAGCGGGAGGUGGAUUCGCUACAUGCCACUAUUGAAUGUGAACAACCGCAGCCUGACCUCUACAAAUUUGUGGGACGCAUCAAUAUUUACAAGGACAAAGAAGAGCCUGUGGCGAGACCACUCGGGGCUGAGAAUUUGCUCCUUAGAGGAGCCACACUGAAGAACACACAACGUAUUUAUGCUGUUGCAGUCUACACUGGCAUGGAGACUAAGAUGGCGCUUAAUUACCAGUCUAAAUCUCAGAAGCGCUCCGCUGUAGAAAAGUCGAUGAACGCCUUCCUGAUCGUGUAUCUGUGCAUCCUGAUCAGUAAAGCGGUGAUCAACACGGUUCUGAAAUACGCCUGGCAGUGGUCUCCGGACCGAGAUGAGCCCUGGUACAACCACAGGACUGAGAACGAACGCCAGCGCCACGUGGUGAUCCGAGCAUUCACAGACUUCCUGGCCUUCAUGGUCUUAUUUAAUUACAUCAUCCCAGUAUCUAUGUACGUGACGGUGGAGAUGCAGAAAUUCCUGGGCUCAUAUUUCAUCACCUGGGAUGAAGAAAUGUUCGACGAAGAGCUGGGAGAAGGAGCUCAGGUCAACACCUCUGACCUGAACGAGGAGCUGGGGCAGGUGGAGUAUGUGUUUACAGAUAAGACAGGCACGCUCACUGAGAACAACAUGGAGUUUAUUGAAUGCUGCGUCGAUGGGAACGUCUACAUCCCGCAUGCCAUCUGCAACGGCCAAAUCCUCAGCGCUGCCUCCAGUAUAGACAUGAUUGACUCCUCACCUGGAGGAUACAGGAGAGAACACGAGGAUCUGUUCUUCCGGGCGCUGUGUCUGUGUCACACGGUGCAGGUGAAGGAGGAGGAGACGGUGGACGGCAUCAAGAGAGGCAUCCACCAGGGCAGGCCCACCUCCUUCUACAUCUCCUCCUCACCGGAUGAGGUGGCUUUGGUGGAGGGAAUGAAAAGGCUGGGCUACACCUAUCUGAGACUGAAAGACAACUACAUGGAGAUCCUCAACAAAGACGAUGAGAUUGAAAGGUUCGAGCUGCUCCAUGUACUGAACUUUGAUUCCGUCAGGAGGAGAAUGAGCGUCAUCGUCAAGUCAAGCUCAGGAGAAUACCUGCUGUUCUGUAAGGGGGCAGACUCGUCCAUUUUUCCUCGGGUCGUGUCUGGGAAGGUGGAGCAGGUGAAGGCCAGGGUGGAGCAGAACGCUGUCGAGGGGCUGCGGACUCUGUGUGUCGCUUACCGAAGGCUGUCAGAGUCCGAAUACCAGGAGGCACGUCAUCACCUGAACGAAGCCAAGCUGGCCCUGCAGGACAGGGAGCAGAGGCUGGCGCAGGCCUAUGACAUCAUCGAGAGGGACUUUGUGCUUCUGGGCGCUACGGCAGUGGAGGACAGGCUCCAGGAAAAGGCUGCAGACACCAUCGAGUCACUGCACAAGGCUGGGAUGAAAGUUUGGGUCCUGACGGGGGACAAGAUGGAGACGGCGGCGGCUACCUGCUACGCCAGCAAGCUGUUCCGACGCAGCACGCAGAUCCUGGAGCUGACCAAGAAACGCACGGAGGAGCAGAGUCUGCACGAUGUUCUGUUUGAACUGAACAGGACGGUUCUCAGACAACGCUCGAUAUCUGGGUUGUCAGUUGAUUGCCUCGACUUUGGUCUGAUCAUCGACGGGGCCACUCUGUCUGCAAUACUAAAGCCCAACCAGGAGGGAGUCAGUUCGGGCAACUACAGAGAGAUCUUCCUGGAAAUCUGUCGCAACUGUAGCGCCGUGCUCUGCUGUCGCAUGGCACCACUGCAGAAAGCUCAGAUUGUGAAGCUAAUCAAAGCCUCCAAGGAGCACCCCAUUACCCUCGCCAUCGGCGACGGGGCCAAUGAUGUCAGCAUGAUCCUGGAAGCGCACGUGGGCAUAGGCAUCAUGGGUAAAGAGGGCCGACAGGCAGCCAGGAACAGUGACUACGCCAUCCCGAAGUUCAAACACCUGAAGAAGAUGCUUCUGGUUCAUGGCCACUACUACUACAUCCGAAUCGCUGAACUUGUUCAGUACUUCUUCUACAAGAAUGUAUGCUUCAUCUUCCCUCAGUUCCUGUACCAGUUCUUCUGUGGGUUCUCCCAGCAGCCUCUGUACGACACCGCCUAUUUGACGUUGUACAACAUCAGCUUCACCUCACUCCCCAUCCUCCUCUACAGCCUGGUUGAGCAGCACGUCACCAUGGAGACGCUCAAAAGGGAGCCCUCCCUGUACAGGGACAUAGCGAAGAACUCCCUCCUCCGCUGGCCGGUCUUUCUGUACUGGACGUGCCUGGGUGUGUUUGAUGCUGUUAUCUUCUUCUUUGGUGCCUACUUCCUGUUUGACAACACCACCUUCACCAGCAAUGGCCAGCUUAUGACCACCAACACACAGAUGAUGUUUGGGAACUGGACAUUUGGGACUCUCGUCUUUACUGUGCUGGUGUUCACCGUUACUCUCAAGCUUGCCUUGGACACACACCACUGGACCUGGAUCAAUCACUUUGUCAUCUGGGGGUCACUACUUUUCUACGUUAUUUUCUCUCUUCUCUGGGGAGGCAUCAUUUGGCCCUUCCUGAACUACCAGAGGAUGUACUAUGUGUUCAUGCAAAUGCUGUCUAGCGGUCCGGCCUGGCUCAGCAUCAUCCUGCUCAUUACGGUCAGCUUGCUGCCAGAUGUCAUCAAGAAGGUCCUCUGCAGGGCCCUGUGUCCCACAGCCACCGAACGUGCACAGGUUCACAAGAAGCUGUCGCGGGGUGGCGUGGCCGAGUCGACUCCACUGUCCUCUCGUCGGUCCUACAAAGGCACAAGCGCGGACUCCUCUCACCUCCACCUCGGCGCUGCGGAGACACUGUCGCUCCGCAGGUCUGACCCCCUCCCCCAGAAACUGCUGGUCCACUUGGCAGAAGGCGGAGGGGCAGACUUGUGCUCUCUCAGCCCCUACGUGCUCCGUCUCUCAGGGGCAGGAUUUGCCUACUGCGCUCCGGGGCCGGAGACCUCCGUGUGAACGCAAGGCUCUGAAACUAUGAGUGUGUGUGUGUGGAUCUCGGGCUGAAACAUAAAGUGCAUCUCGAGAUGUGCGACACAAGAUCUGCAUCUCAAGGAGGAUUUAUACAGCAAAAUACAAACACGUUCACACACAUCAACCUCCAUGCUGAGUUCACCAUGUGCAUUCUGUGGGCUACACCUGAGUGAACAACCCUUUAGAUAUUACAGCCCCGAUGCCUCAUCUUCAUACUUUAACAUCUUUCUGUUUCAGUGUAGUCCUCCGUCUCAGUCUCAUCGAAGUUCCUACUUGACUUGACAAAGUCCAAGAACAAAAUGGGAACCGUGUGUGAAGGUGCAUUGUUUCAUGCACCGUGGAACUGUCCUGUUUCAGGCCUUUUUGUACUCCUGUCCUCAUUUCUAGUCUCACAUUUUUGCCUGUUCCUCCACUUCCGUGUCCUCUUCGCUUCUUUGUUAAUGUUCGUCCACAACGUUUAAUGUACAGUACGUGGUCUGGCCAAGUUAAGGGGCAGCCGUCAGCCCUUUAGGUGUGCGUGCGUGUGCAUGUGCGCGAGUGUAUGCAUGAAAUUUGCCUGUUACUGUAUGUUUGUAUGUGACACACCUUUGCCUUACAGGUAGCCACACAGCAGCAGGCUUGGAGCCAAAGGAGAAAGGUGUUAAAAAAUGAUAUUAAUAAUAAUAAGAAAAAGCAGAAGUGGUGUAUUACAAAGCCUUACACACACACACACACACACACACACACACACACACACACACACUCACUCACACACACACACA